AUGGGGAAAAGAAAGCGUUCUUUCCGUCCACCACCUACUUAUGAGACAGGAAAUGAUAAGUUUGACGAUCAAAGUGGAAGAAUAAAGGAGAUCACCACAUGGGACGACGUAGAGCAUGAUUCAGAAGAUGAAUUUUAUGCCGGAAGGGAUCAAAUUUCCCUAGAUACUCAUGAAUCCCACAAGCAUGACGAAUCAGAGUUCUCUGAAGAAGAAGUAUUCGCAUUGGAGACGGCAGUUGACUCGGAUGGAGAAGAUGAAAAUGAGUUGAACAACCUCGAGGAGGAUGAUUCAAUUCUUGACUCUAUGUGGGGCAGCCGCAAAGAAAAUUAUUAUAAUGCGGAUGAAAUUUCCAAUUUAGAUGAUGCGAAGGAAGAGGAAGAAGCAGCAUUAAAAUUACAGAGGAAAAGAAUUAGUCAAAUGACAGAAGAUGAUUUCUUAGAAUUAGACGGCGAAUCAUUGGAGUCCAGUAUGAUUGACAGAAAACGAAUUGAAAGUACUGAUAAUGAUCUCGAUUUAAUGUCAUUUGAUAUGAAAGUUUUAGGCAAAGAACAUCAAAAUUUAUCACGUGAUGAUAUAAUUGAAAUAAUACAGUCUGAAUCACCCGAACUUAUUGAGUUAUUAAACGAGUUUGAGGAAAAAUCUUCUAUACUACGGAAUACGGUAACACCUUUGUUAGAAAAAGCUAGACAAAAAAACCUUAUACAUAAUCCAGCCAUGAAGUUUAUAUCAAUAAAACAUCAAACAUUGGUUCACUAUUUAAUAAAUAUUUCUUUUUAUCUGGCACUUAAAUCUUUUGGAACACAACAUUUACGCGAACAUCCGGUGAUAGAUGCCCUAGUAAAAUUGAAAAUGACUUUGGUUAAAUUAGAAAGAUUGGAACGUAAAAUUGGAGGAUUUCUUGAAUCAUUUGUUGUUAAAGAAGAUUGGAGUGAUCAUGAUAAUAAUAUGGCAGAUGACCUUGAUAAGGAUGAAGAACCAAUCGAUCCAAUUGAUUUCUAUAAUAUGGUGAAAGAAGCCAAAAACGCUGCAAAAGAGCAGCGUAAGGAACAGUUUGAGAUGGAACAUUGUAAAAAUAAAAUUGUUUAUGAGGAUGUUAUUCCCGAAGGUGCAAAACGUCAAAUUAAUUAUCAAAUUCUCAAGAAUAAAGGACUUACACCUCAUCGUAAAAAAGAGCAACGAAAUCCACGCGUUAAACAUAAAAAUAAGUAUGAGAAAGCAAGGAAAAAAAUCAAAAGUAUUAAACGUGUAAUUUCACAGCAAGAGGGUUCUUAUGGUGGCGAGAAAACUGGUAUUAAGACUGGGUUGUCCAGGAGUAUUAAGUUAGACUAA